GUAACCGGGUGGACUAGGUUGUAGAAGGUUAACGUAGUUCGCGUGUGCAAUUAAUUAGUUGGAAUUCCAGCGUGUGCGGAGUUUAUGUGAAAGAAGAAGCAACAGCCUGCUUGAAUAAUGGUGGGCCUCCGAGUGCUGGUGCUCGUAGUGCUGGCAGGCGCGCUACAGGCAGUUGGCGCGGCGCUGCCACCGCCUGAGCGCUCCUACAACAUCCUUAUGCUGCUGCCCGUGUCCUCCAAGAGCCACCGCAACGUCUUCAUGCCCCUUGCCACGGCCCUCACGCAGCGCGGCCAUAAGGUAACAAUGCUGAGUAAUCAUCCCCCGCCCGAGAAGAAUAGCAAGAUUCUCUUCCUAGAGCACGGACUCAAACAUUUUGACCCCGACGCCCUGGACACGUUCGCGAUCAUGAAAGAUCCCAGUAUCAUGUUCAACCAAUUCCGCACAAUAUUCCCGUUGAUUGCGCGAGAAAUUUACGACGUUCCUGUUGUUAAAGAGCUCUUCGAGAAACGGAAAGAAUUCGACUUGAUAAUAUUGAAUAACAUGUUCAACGACGCUCUGCUGCCGUUCGUACACGAGCGCACCUUCAUCACGAUAACCACGGGCGCGCUGGACCCGCGGCUGAGCGCCACGAUGGGUAACUUGCAGAAUCCUGCGUACGUGGCGAGCGCGAUGCAGGACUACCCACGACCAUUCUCACUGUACCAUCGCGCCAAGAGUGUCUUCAUGAACAUCGCCACCGACGUAAUAUGGCGAAAAAAUAUUGUAAACCCAACUCAGGUUGAGAUUUCCCAGCGUUUCCCGAGCUUGCCUCCAAUUCGGGAGAUCCAUCGCAAUCUGAGCCUGACUCUCAUCAACUCGCACUUCAGCGCACCCUUCCCUAUACCGCUGCUGCCCAAUCAAGUCGAGGUUGGAGGGAUGCACAUUGUCGAGCCGAAGCCUCUGCCAAAAGACCUAUCGGACUUCUUGUCUGGUACGACGCCGGUGGUGUACAUGAGUCUGGGUUCCGUGGCGCGCAGCAGCGCCAUGCCCCAGGAGUACAAAGACAUCUUCUUCAGCGCCUUCGCCAAGCUCCCCUACAAAGUCCUCUGGAAGUUUGAGGAAAAACCACCCAAAACGGCGAAAAAUCUCCUAGUUCAAAGUUGGAUGCCUCAACAGGACAUCUUAGCGCACCCGAACGUGAAGGUGUUCAUCUCGCACUGCGGCCUGCUUGGUGCUCAAGAGGCCCUGCACUUCGGGACACCAAUCAUUGGCUUGCCGUUGUUUGGCGACCAGCCCAAGAACGCAGUUGAGCUCGAGAGUGCGGGAGUUGCACGUAAACUUUCCUGGCUUGAGUUGAACGAGCAGCUUCUUAUCGACACCAUCAGGGAUCUCAUCGAGACGUCAACGUACCGGGAGAAGGCUGAGAAAAUUUCAGCAGCGAUGAAGGACCGUCCGCUGAGCGCCGUGGAGACGGCCGUGUACUAUUUUGGAUAUAAAAGUUAUUAUUAAUGACACUAGAUGAUGCCAAUAAAGCUGUUCAUACAGGAACCAUCAUU